GGGCACCGCACUGUACAUCCUCGCGCAUAUGUCAGAAGUGACGUCAGGUGACGUGUCUCCCUAUUUAUGAGGCUGGCUUGCGGGAGUGUGUGAGGAAGAGCAGAAACGUUGGAGACGGAGGAGCUGAGGUCUCUGUCAUUAUCAUCAUGGACUUCAUGCUGAGCGGAGUGGCCGCGUGCGGCGCGUGCUUUUUCACUAACCCGCUGGAGGUGGUUAAAACCCGGAUGCAGCUGCAGGGUGAGAUGAAGAGCCGCGGUACGUACCGGGUUCAUUACCGGAACGUGUUCCACGCCUUCUACACCAUCGGGCGCGUGGAGGGGGUGUCCGGACUGCAGAAGGGUCUGGUCCCCGGGCUGCUCUAUCAGUUCUUCAUGAACGGGGUGAGACUCGGUUCAUACGCCAUUAUCGAGUCCGCCGGAUACACCCACACGGACGGGCGCGUGAGCACGGUGAAGAGCACCGCAGCCGGAGCCGUGUCCGGGGUCGUGGGAGCCUUCGUGGGCAGCCCCAUCUACCUGGUAAAAACACACCUGCAGAGUCAGUCCACAUCCUGCAUUGCUGUGGGACACCAGUACAGGCACCAAGGGAUGAUGCACGCUCUGUCGGUGAUCCACAGGGAGCACGGCAUUAUGGGACUGUGGCGAGGUUCUAGUGCGGCGGUGCCGAGGGUCAGUGUGGGUUCUGCAUCUCAGCUCUCCACCUUCUCCAUCGCUAAAGAGCUCAUUACUGACCUGCAGAUAUUCUCCGCCGAUAGCUGGUUGGUGUCUCUCUGUGCUGGGAUGAUCAGCAGUGUUGUGGUCGUUCUGUUCAUGACUCCGUUUGACGUCAUCAGCACACGGCUCUAUAAUCAGCCUGUGGAUCACCUGGGAAAGGGUAAGAUGUACCAGGGCUUCAUGGACUGUUUCUCUAAGACCAUGAAGAAGGAGGGUGUAUUUGGUCUGUAUAAAGGUCUGGGCGCGUCCUAUUUCAGACUCGGACCUCACACCAUCCUCUCAUUGUUGUUCUGGAACCAGCUACGAACACAUUACUACAGUUAACACACUCACACACACGGCGCUGGCCUGCCAUCGGGAGACACUUGGGGUUCAGUGUCUUGCCCAAGGCUGGGAAUCGACCCUCUAACCCUGCGAUUAGUGGACAGCCUGCUCUACCACCUGAGCCUGUACUGUGAAAAUGUACUGUACUUUUUAAAAUAAAAUAAAUAGUAAAUAUUAAAGGAAAUAAAAGAUAUAAAUCCAAACCAAACCAAAAAGUAACACUCCAAAUAACAAAUAAAAAACAGAGCUAUCCAAGAUUAAUUAAAAAACACUUCAAAUAACACAACAAAAUUAGUCAGUGAUGGUUUUUAUUUCACCUCUAGAGCCUGCUCUCAUAACGUAUAACGACAGCAGGCUCUUCUCAGCCGCGCCGCAAUGGUGUGGAUUUGUACAGAUUACCGACAGAUCCAACAAUCAGUUAUCUGUGCAGAUUAAUCAGCAAAACCCAUCAACUGGUCGACCUCUAUAAAAUAGUGUGUAAUAAAACCGUUUAAUACCAAAUAAACUACAAUAAUAACAACGGUGUAGUAAUAAAAUCCAAUACUACUCACAGAGUGGUCAAAAUAAAUUCUCAUAACUGACAGAAUAUUUGAUUUUAUACUACAGUACAACACUGUGUAAUGCUGUGUGCUAGUUCAUAUUCCACUCACUCUGAUAUAAUAAUAAUAAUAAUAAUAAUAAUAAUAAUAAUAAUAACCACCAGAUGUAACAGACUGAAUUAUGCAAACUGGAUUUUAUUAAUUUAUUUGUAUGAUUGACACUGUGCAGCUUUUACCUUCAGUCCUUAAUGGAUGUACAUUUCAUCUAUGAUGUAUUUAUUACUGACUGCAUAAUGAAAAUAGAUUCAUCUCCAGCCUCAAA